GUCGAGGGGGCGUUACCCUUGCCGGUGGAUCACUGCCGCAUUGUCUUUGGCACAGCGCUUUUCGUGAACGGUUUCUUUCUGCAUUUUCCGCAUACGCUUCGGUUGGAUUUCGUUGCAGAGUCGUCAUCUGUGUUGACCCAGAAGCUGGUUGAAGAAACCUAAGAAGUACUCUGGUUGGACGUACCACCGAGGCACCGAAUACAGUGGCUACCGGCGCGGCGACUCGGGAGAACUGCCGCCGCGUGCAUCGAGUCCGUAUGCUGCCUCUCUCUCCGGUCCAGCUGAUCAUCGUGAUCUCGUGGAUAGCUGCGCUUCUAGAAUGUGCACCAGUUUCUGGAGGUGACCAGUCAGAGAAGCUCACGAGUUCCACCAGCCCUUUGUUCCGGUUGCUCGCUUCGACCACAGGUGGACUGCCACGUGAUGAAGCACUACGAACGCCAGAGCAGAUCCUAAAAUCGACAACAACAGCCACCAGCAAGCUCUCUGCUCAUCAGCUGAGCGAAACCUCAGAAUCAAGCACCGACAGCCUAUUAAGAGUUGAGGGUGUUACGUGGCAUAAGAUCAAACAAAAUGUAUUUGACACAUCGAGACAAUUUGUGUUUUCAGACUCACCAAGAGAGGCAACUUUGUCAACCAAUGUCGCAUCUUCAACGACAUCCGAAGUCAAGCUCAAAGAUGCUGAUGACAACGAUGGCAAUCCCAAAAAAGAUGUCAGUUACGAAAACACUUCUACUUUAGACAACGUGGUGCACGAGAAGGAAAAGAUCGUAACGCCAAGUGGGAGUAAAUUAACCCCAAAACGAACCGCAUAUUCAACUGCGGUUCAUAGAAGCGGAGUAGACGAUGACGCAUCGAUGUCUGAGAGGAGUAGAUUUCAUGAGUUAAGACCGCCCUUGCUGGACGAGCAUGUUGAAGUAACCCAGUCGCUGACAAAAGAACAACUUGAUCCGAUUUUUGACGGAAGCCCCAUCACAGUCGACAAGAAAUACGAACUUUCCCAGGGUCACAAAUCAAAACCGGAGAAUGCAUCUGAGAUCGAAAGAACACAAGGUCAAUCCACAACUGCAACGGAAACAAAGCUCGACGAUUACGACGAAAAGCUCAAGCACACCGAGACCACUGCUGCGAUAAAUUCGGGAAGGUCUACAAUUCCGACAGCUUAUACUGAUCUUGCUGAUUUAACAUCGGGUCAGAACGUUCCCAAAAUCUCUGUUUCUACUGAUAAAUUGGAAGAAGCUUAUACAACGCCAGUCAUUUAUACUGCCAAGGAAAGCCGCCAUAAUCCACAAAAAUCUCUAUCGGUGACAUCAGCGUUAGCCUCCACUGGCGCAGCUGUGGAUUCGGAGGUUCCGUCAGAACGCGCUGCUACCAAGGCUAGCGAACUCUACAAAGAAACUAAGUUUCUUGUGAGCAGUACUGCAGACACAACAACAAGCGGGCCAGCUCUCAAGUUGACCACUGCGUCCGAGCUAGCUAAAGUCGAGCCAAAGACAGAUUAUGACAAGGGCAAUCUAACGCCUCCGCCGAAGCCGCAAAACCCAAGCUUACAAACGGGUGACGAAGAUAUCGAAGUGCAGCGUCCGAAAGAGGUUCCAGCCACAGAAGGUCCUGAUACACUAUCAUCAACAGCAGAGCUACAGAGCCCUGAUCCUGGCAUGUCGGAUGACGAAUUCGGCGAAGGCGCUGAAAAGUACCAAGACGGUCUAUCCGGGCUCUUGCUUCCAGAAGACCCCGUCUCAAAAAUAUCAGUGGAACCAAAAUUCAUUGGGAAUGUCAGUGACGCUAAGCUGUCCGAGUCGGACUGGCCAGGAGAUGACCAGGAAAAGUUCUUGGACGAAAGUGGAAAAACGAAGAUGGAAAAAUCGGUCACCCAAAAAGAAGAUGAUAGUCUUGUCAUCAUUAGGGAAAAGCUGACAACGACGACGGCGUCUUCGGUGGUUGAAAGCAAGAAAACAUUAUCGACUAUAAAUACCGAAGGUUCGUUUAUUCCGACAACUAGAGCGCAUGGUACUGACAGGAAGAUAAUUACGCACACCACCGAGACUAUUAAGAGUCAGGGUCAGACAACACCGAUGCCUCCGGCGACUGCAGCUACCGUCCGCGACGUUCCAACGACAGACAGUACGGGAGGUGGCUGCUUGCGCUUCGACACGGGCUGCAGUAGCGACGCUGACUCCAGCUCCGUAGCGCCCGUGGAAGGUCUGAGCACCAGCCUUCCCGACGGCGAGGCCGGGCAGCCGGUGCUCGGCGAGUCCAACGUGGCCCUGUGCAUCACCAUCACGCUGAGUCACACCUGGGCCCAGUUCUGCGCACAGAUGGAGGCCUUCCGGCACGGCGUCGCCAGCGUGCUCUCCUCGGAGCUGAGGGCUAACGUGCGGCCGCGGCAGGUGAUCAUCGAGGACCACUGCGGCCGCGGUAGCUCCCGCCACGGCGCCAUAGCUGGGAACAACACGGCCGUGGUCCGGAUGCACCUGAUGGACGAGCAGGACAGGUAUUCGCAGAAGUUGACCGCCCUGGCAGCUGUCAUCCUGCAUCACAACGACCAGGGUCGGAUCGACCUGCAGAUGAUGAACGUGUGCUUCUACAGCGGGCAGCACGGUACGCCGUCACUGAUGCCCGAGGACGCCCGCGUGUACGGCCCGGCCUCGAGCAGCGUCAUCGCCUCCAUCACCAUCUCGGCCAUCGCCGGCGCCAGCCUCUUCCUCAUCUGUAUUCUGCUUGUGGUGAUGCGGCAGCGGUUGCUGAACAAACACAGCACGACGAAUACAGUGGACGGACUGAGCAUGGCUUCCUUUAAGUCCAGUUUCCGAAAAAAGACGAUACGAAAUUCCUUGCGUUCUUUCCUCAACGAUGCCUUUGACGGCCACGAGGACCUGAGUAGUCCGGUGCCAUUCAACAACCUUCCUUUAAUCAUCUCCAACAAAGAAGCUCUUGAAGAAGAAUUCAAGCGCAUCCCGAUGACUAUACCUCGCGUAGACGAGGUUCCUCACGGCGCGGAAGGAAAAAAUCGCUACGCAAACGUCAUUCCAAUCCCAGAAACAAGGGUUCACCUGACCAAGAAGCUCGGCGAUGAGACAUCCGACUACAUCAACGCCAACUAUGUCAGGGGCUACAAAGGUCGAUCUCGUCACUACAUUGCAUGCCAGGCACCCCUGCCGGAAACUGUGAAAGAUUUUUGGCGAAUGGUCUGGGAACAGCAGUGCAAAGUUAUUCUUAUGCUCACUCCAUGCGAGGAAAAUGGUGUGCAACGGUGCGCCCCUUACUUCCCUCAAAACACGCUGGACUGUCACAAGCUUUACGGCGACUACCAGGUGUCUCUUCAAGCCAAGGAUGUGAGGCCCAGUUUUACGCUCUCCACCUUCAAGCUGCAUGACCUCGAUAAGAACCUGUGCAGAGACGUGUACCACUGCUGGUACACGGGGUGGCCCCCGCAGGGCGUCCCCGAAGACGUGUCCAGCGUGGUGAGUUUCCUCAUCGAGGCCAGGCGCUUCGUCUCCCGAAACCAGGGGCCCACUGUCGUCCACUGCAGCCCCGGCACGGGACGGACGGGCACCGUCCUGGCGGUGGACGUGUGCAUGCACGAGCUCGAGGAGCGGCGUCGGGUGGACGUUCCUCGGGUCGUGUUCAAGCUGCGCCAGGACCGCAGCGGCUGCGUCCAGACCAAGGAGCAGUACGCCUUCAUCUACGAGGCUCUGUACGACUACAGCGCCCGCAUCGCCAUGCAGUCUUCGCAGAGGCCAUCUGUCGUCUCAACAGCCUGAUGGUAGACGGAAGAGAACGUCCCACCGAGGUCCAGUCGGCAGUAAUGGCCGUUAAGCGCGUCGCGUACAGAGAGUAACACGGCCAAACGGACGGCCACUCGAAGUUAACUUUUCGAGUAGUCGCGCCAGUUAUUAUCGCCAGUUUAAGCUAGGGAGCCUCAAUGUCCUUCUGCUUAGGGUGAUGACGUCUUUUGUACUAGCACCCAAUGCCAACAGCACGCUCUCACUUGAAAAACACAAAGGGAUAGCCGUAAACAAAAUGCCGCUAGUCAACACCAAGAGCUUGUGUCAAAAAGUGGUGUUCAGGCGCUCCGAAAAAAAAAGAAAAAGCAUUUUGAAGAAACUUGUCAGAUGUCAUCACCCUGAGCAAACCGGGCAUGAAGGCACUCUAGUCUGUGUCAACUCCAUCCUCACAGCCAUUUUAGAGAUGGCAAAUGGCUGGUUCACUACAGUCACAUCGAGAGAUUGCGAUGUUGUGAUGAGCUACCAAAGAAAGCCCUGGCGAGGGUUUUGUAUCUAUUGAUUUUAAUUUAAUAUUCGUUUUGUUGUUUCACAUCGUUUAGUUUUACCUCUACUAGGUGUGUACUUUCUAACUGGUUAUGCAGUGUCCGUCAUGUUAGUUGCGCCUUUGGCGGAGCGUCCAUCUGUGGGUGAGUGCCACGAAGUCUGCAAGUUCCUUUUCUUUUUUUAGGGUUCUGCACGAUGCUUAGUUCUUACAAUGCCCAGUGCCACCCAGAGCAACUUCAAGAGACAUGAUUAUUGCGUAACACCACUCUAGAAGCAAUAUGAAACUAUAAAGCUUGAGGAUUGUUUUCUUCUUCGUAAGUGAUUGUGGUCAUGUGUGAGUACGCUCGCUAUGCUUAAUAAAGUUUGAUACCUCUUUA